CCUCCCCCUCCAUACCCUUUCAACUCCCUGCCCCUCCCCCACCAUCCUGGCCUAGAGAGAGAAGGAAAGAUGGGGCGUUCUCCCUGCUGUGAAAAAGCGCACACGAACAAAGGCGCGUGGACGAAAGAGGAGGACCAGCGCCUCAUCGCAUACAUCCGAGCUCAUGGCGAGGGUUGCUGGAGGUCGCUUCCCAAAGCAGCAGGUUUACUUCGUUGUGGGAAGAGCUGUAGGCUCAGAUGGAUAAAUUACCUAAGGCCCGACCUCAAGAGAGGAAAUUUCACAGAGGAAGAAGAUGAGCUCAUCAUCAAACUACACAGCUUGUUAGGCAACAAAUGGUCACUCAUAGCUGGUCGCUUACCAGGACGAACGGAUAAUGAGAUCAAGAAUUACUGGAACACUCAUAUAAAGAGAAAAUUACUAAGCAGGGGAGUCGAUCCUCACACACACCGCCCCCUUCAUGAGCCGUACCCGGAGAACUCGGAAUCACCACGACAGGCCUCUAUUGGACACAUCCCACAACAAAGUACUUCAAAUUCAGAUAAAAAUGUUGGUGGUGAUAGACAGAGAGAGUUAGCAGAAGAGGGCCACAGCAGCAGUGGAGCAAGUGAGGGGGAGAUUCCGGACUUGAAUCUCGACCUCUCCAUCAGCUUACCAUUUCCUUCCAUGCCAUCUCCAACAACAAUUGCAGGCACAACAGAAGAAGGUACGUCCGGUGCGGCCCUCUCGGAGCAACAAAUGGGUUCAGUGGUCUGCCUCUGCUGCCACUUGAGCUUGCAGAGCAGCACCGAUUGUCGAUGCCGGACGCUACACAGCUCGCAACCCGUCUGGUUCUUGAGCAGACCUUCAUGAUCCAGAAUUUCACACAACAAACAGAUGAAAAAUCCCAAAAAAAAACCAGGGUUAUGUACAGUUAUGAGAAUUCAGGUUAGAGUUAUUUUGUCCCUGUCGCUUGGAAAGAAAAAGAUACACAGACAAUACAAAGUGCUUAGUACUAGUGAACAAACAGCUUUCCCCUUCUUUCCCAAAAAUUUUUUUUCCCCCUUUUUGUCUUAAUUUCCGGCUAAAUUUUAAUUAAUGGAAUCUUAGUAGAGGCAUUUUUUAAUGAGUUGAUAGGAUUACGUGAAGUGGUGACUGUGAAAACAGGUGAAGCACUUUAUUAGGUAACCCAACCUGCAAUCAAAGAAUCGGAAAGUGAGUUGGUUAGUUAGGAAGGAAGGGUAUCAUGUGCACUUAGGUAUGUCAUGGCAUGGAGAUCCGUGCACCCGCAGAUCCUCAAAUGCCCUUCCUUAUCCAUCCACAC